AUGAAUCCAGGAAUGAAGUGGUUAAUAAAGGAGGAGAAUCUGACAGCUUCGGGCCUGAACACAGUGGGAUUUAGAAGAAUGCAGAAGGAUCUCAUUGAAACCUACGGAAUGUUGAAUAACACAGGCGCCUACCGAAACUCUGUCCGCAAAAUGGCUGAAAGUGCGGAGAGCAAUGACUUCUCAAAUGCAUCAACUGCAGGAAAGGGCACGGCAACUGCGAGCUUCUGGUUGCGGGUGCUUCCCAAGGGAAUACCCUGGGGCAACAAGAUUGUCAUGGCCGUGAUUGUCCUUCAGCUCAUCGUUUGCCUGAUCCUGGUGGUCCUGUGGAGCAGAGAGAGGAGCGGCGGGAGCUUCCGGCCCCGCUGCCCCUCGCGGCUGAACGGCACCUCCUUCCUGACGCGGCCCGCCGGCCGGUGCGACGACACCGCCCCCUUCCUGGUCCUCCUGGUGCCCAGCUCCCCGGAUGAGUUCGAUGCUCGCUCGGUCAUCCGCCAGACCUGGGGGAGCGAGCGGCGGUUUGGCGGGGCCAGGGCAGUCACCUAUUUCCUGUUGGGACACGGGAGGGAUCGGCAGGACUCGAUCCGACGGGAGGCCGCAGAGCACCGGGACAUCAUCCAGGGUGAUUUCUAUGACACGUACGACAAUCUGACCCUCAAGGUGCUGCUGGGCUUGGAGUGGAUUUGCUGUUACUGUCGCUCCACCUCCUACGUGAUGAAGACGGACACUGACAUGUUCGUCAACACCGAUUACCUGCUGGAGCUCCUGUCCCGCGCUCCCCGCAGCAACCUCCUCACCGGUCUCAUUCAUAGAGGCGCCAAGCCAUACCGCGAUAUAAAGAACCGGUGGUACAUCAGCAAGGAGGAGUACCCUGGGGAAACGUACCCGCCUUACUGUGCCGGAAGCGGCUACGUCCUGUCCACUGACUUGGCUUGCCGCGUGUGGAACAUCUCCGGGACGCCGCCCCUGUUCAGACUGGAGGACGUGUACGUGGGGAUGCGCGUCGCGGAGCUGAAGGUGGAGCCGGUGCCCAUCCACACCGAGCGCGUCUUCUCCAGCUACAGGGAGCCGUUCUCCAUCUGCUCCUACCGGCGGCUCGUCACCUCGCACGACGUCUCAAACGACGAGAAGCUGCUCUACUGGAAAGCGCUGCAGGACUCGGUCGGAGAGCGUUGCCCCGGAGACCCCUGA